AUGCCCUCCCUCGUCGUUUCUCCCUCCACAGGAGCCCUGAACCGCCGCUUGGAUGCCAUAACAUGCAAAUCUCGUUUCAAAUCCAUUCGCACCAGGGUAAAUCGCUUAGCCGGGUUGUUCUGUGCCAUCCUGUUGACCAUAGACGUCGUAGCCAACGACUGGGAGAUCAUCAGCUACGUGGGCAAUGGCAGACACUUUCUUACCCCCCUUCUGGACGUUGAGAGUGUCGACGACAUGGAAGUGGACUACUCGUUCCCUGCAAUGAGCUCCCCCAACGGCGUGUCCAAGAUCGGUCGGUUCAUGAUCGACGUCGCCCUGGCACAACUCAUCGACAGGACUGGUGCAUCGUACGUUCUCAGCAUGGGGUCGUUUUCAAUCAAUGACCCCUCCAGCAACCUCUGUGGGAGCUUACGCCAAACUUACCCUGUCUUCGGUACUGCCAUUUCCAAGAACAAUUCGAUUCACUUGGGCACAGUCAAGGAUGGGAUUACCUAUCUCCGUGGCAACACCCUAACCCACCUGCUUGGCUCGAGUGUAACGUCCCACGUCGCAGCACCAGGCGCAAAUGAUAAGCAGCUACAAGAUCUGGGGUAUGUGCCUAGCCCAGCCUUCGCCGACAUACGGAUCACUACCCCCCUCCCUCUACCACCCCCAGGUCAAGUGACACAGUUCAACGUGUCCAUGUAUCGGUUUUUCUCGACAUCGUAUUGCUCGGGGGGUGUACGCCUUACACUGAACUAG